UGUCAAACUGCACAAAAUGUCAGCAUCCUAUAACAGCAUUAUGGUUACCGUACUUCAUGAAAAUGGAGACCUUGAAGAAGUAAAGUCUCAGUCCCUGGUUCCCGGUGAUGUGAUUGUUAUUGGUGGAACAAAACUUUUUUUGCCAUGUGAUGCUAUUUUACUUAGCGGAGGAUGCACUGUGAAUGAAGCAAUGUUAACAGGAGAAAGCAUUCCAGUGACAAAGGCUACACUACCUAAUAUAAACAACUGCAUCCCAUGGAUAACACACAGCGGUGAUGAUUACAAGAAACAUAUUCUCUUUUGUGGAACUGAGGUCAUCCAGACCAAGGGAAGUGGUCAAGAUCUUGUGAAAGCUGUUGUCCUACAAACUGGAUUUAAUACAGCAAAGGGAGAUCUAAUGAGAUCCAUUCUAUAUAACAAGCCAGUCGAUGUGAAGCUGCACAGAGAUGCCAUUAGGUUCCUCACGGGACUCGUGGGUAUUUCUAUUAUUGGAGUUAUCUAUACAGCGAUUGUCUUCACAAAGAAUGAGGCCAGUGUUCAUGACAUAGUAUUGAUGUCAUUUCUGAUGCUAACCACUACGGUGAACCCAGCUAUUCCUGCUUCUCUUACGCUGGCUCUUCUCUAUGCUCAGACAAGGCUGAAGAAACUGGGCAUUUUUUGCAUCAGUCCUCAAAGGAUAAAUGUAGCCGGGCAACUAAAUCUCAUGUGUUUUGAUAAAACAGGCACUUUGACAGAAGACAUCUUAGAUGUAUAUGGCAUUCUUCCUUGUGAUAACAGUCGUUUUCAGGAUGUGAAUUUGUUCAAUUCUUUUCAUACUCUGACCUGGUCCCACAUACUUAAAGCAAUGACUACCUGUCAUUCACUUAUCAUGCUGGAUGGAAAAUUACAGGGAGAUCCACUGGACUUGAAGAUGUUUGAAGUAACUGGUUGGGAACUUGAAGAUUAUGAGGCUACAGUUAAUGAAGAUGGUCAUAUGCUUAGCUGCACAAUGGUAAAACCUGGACCAAGAGCUAAAAGGGCAAGUCAAAUGUGUGUUUUUAUGUAAUGUACAAUAUAUAUUGGCUUAAUUUUUUUCCACACACUGCAUGCAUUUUUCGGCAGAUUUUGAUUUUACAUUUUCAACAUACUCUUUUUAUUGUGCUUUUGUUACUA